CUUGCAGCGCUUGAAUAUGGGUCAUGAUCCAGUGUCAUCUCGCAUACACAUAUGAACAGUAACGAGGUAGGUGAGACGUCGUGUGACUGUUCGAACCCACACACCAUACCCAACCACACCAGUGUCCUUUCGGAUCUGUUCCCUAACUAAUCAAUCGCCCGCCCGCUCAACGAACACUUGUCUGCCCAAGUUCUACCGUCUCCCCAUUCUGUCGCUUCACGAAGUCAGCCAGCCAGCCAGCCAUCCGGCCACCGCCACCCACAUCGGUCAGUCAGGUCAUGAUGCGACGCCGUUGUCGACCGACGGCCGCCUCUUGCUGCUAUACCGCUGCUUGGCCUGGUCGUUGAUGAUGCAUAGGUGCUCCAGGUCACGGAACAUCUCAUUGUAGUCGAGGCUGAACCCGACAACGAAUGCAUCUGGGGGGACAGCAGGACACAACACACACAUGACACAGCAACAGAACAGGCGCCACACAAGUCUCGCAGGGACGCUUCUUCUGGCUGACCAGGGCAUGAAAAUCCGACAAAAUCGCCGCGGAAGCCGUUCGACUUGUCGGUGCGCUUCUCGAGGAGGGAAGCGAUGCCAAUCGACUUGGGGCCGAUGGCCCGCAGGUAGUCGCAGAACUUGGUCAGCGUAUUGCCUGAAUGGACCACAAUAAGUAAAGGACACACAGUGUGGUUGUGAUGCGCCGCCCAGCCCAGCCCAGCCAAACCAGGCCAGCAACCUGUAUCGAUGAUAUCUUCGACGAUGAGAACGUGUUUGUUCUUGAGGAUUGACAGAUCCUCUGCUAUCACUUCCAGCUGGCCGCUGCUGUCGGUGCCGACGUACGAACGCAGACGCACAUAGUGCUCCUGCAGGCAAAGCGAAGCGACCACACAGGCAUGCACAGGCACAGCAAACGUGCCAUCAUGUCAUCCAUCCAUCCAUGAGUGUGUGUGUGGUGUGUGUCGCUGGCCCACCCACUUACCAUAUAUGGCGGUGAAGUGGCGUAUGGCCUGCCGUACAUGUGUAUCUUGUUGAGGUAGGACAGCAGAUGGUUGAAGAAGCCCCGCGACCCCUUGAGUAUGCACAGCACAUGCAGGUCCUGGUCGCCGUAGAAGGUCUUGAUGUCAUGCGCCAGCUUCUCGAUGCGGUCCAGAAUGAAGCCAGCUGGGAUCAACACACGCUCCAGGUCAAGCUGGUACUGCACACACCACACACACACACACACACACAGAGAGAGAGAGAGAGAUGAAUGCUCUGCCUUGUUUCUGUCUGCUGUGUGUAUGUGGUUGUGUGUCGGCCGCCCCGCGUGUGUGGUAUGUGCGUACGUGUGACGGGAGGAGGAAGUGGCUCAAUGCGUAGCCUGUGUCGUCGCUUAUGUACACGGGCUCAGAUCUGCCCUCUCCGCUGCCGGGAUUCUGCAGCGUCGGACGAUGCUUGCUCGAGGGGGGCUCGGAAUACAUCACGAGGGGGGCUGCCUGGCACUGCUUGUUCUGUCGGCUGAUGGCGUCGCGCUCACCGUCCCCUUUCCUUCUUCCCUUUCCUUCACAAAAUGCGAGCUUGGUAGCUCGCAAAAGCCGAUCCGCCUCUCUCCCUUUGGUUUUUCCCCUCUUCCCCUCUGCCCGGGCAGACCUGGUGUUUGCCAGUGGGACAGCAAUCCGUUUUCGCCAGCUCUCCGUCGAUUUGUGCCGAGCAGGUCAGACGGGAGGGCUGACAAGCGCCACGGGGAUGGAUGCAG